CGGCCCGGCGCGGAGCUGAAGAGAAGAGGGUUUUUCCGGGAGUUCCGGGGUUGCUGUGGGGCCCUGGGGCCUCGCCUUCUCCGCAGCGGACAGGAAAUCAGAAGAAGUUUCUGAGCCCACGAACCUCCAGCGGAAGUGGAAGAAUAUAUGUCCUUCCUCAAGUGUCUGGAACUGAGAGAUGCAGCCCAGGGAAAGGAACUGUGGCUAGCUCAUUUGGCCAUAUGUGACCUUGCUCCUAGAAACCAUGUCAACACCGAACCCUCAGCUGCUGGUGGCAGCUGCUCAGCAGACCCUGGGCAUGGGAAAGAGACGGGGCCCACCCCGUGCCAUCUGCCUUCGCCUAGCUGGAGAGGUGUUGGCUGUAGCCCGAGGACUGAAGCCAGCUCUGCUCUAUGAUUGCAACCAUGCAGGGGCUUUGGAGCUCCAGAGCUAUCUGGAGGAGCUGCAGGGGCUGGGUUUCCUGACCCUGAGACUUCACAUCCUUGAGAUUGGGGAACACAGUCUGAUUGUCAGUCCUGGGCAUGUAUGCCAGCAUUUGGAGCAGGUGCUACUUGGUACCAUAGCCUUUGUGGAUGUUUCUAGCUCCCAACCUUAUCCUUCUAUCUGUUCCCUGAACCAGCUUCAGGACUUGAAGGGCCUCGUGGCAGAGAUCAUCACACAUUUGCAAGGACUACAGAAGAACCUAUCCCUGGCAGUGUCCCGCAGCAGGCUCUAUUCCUCAAGCUGGAAUCUCUGUACUGUUUUUGGCAUCCUCCUGGGAUAUCCUGUCCCCUAUACCUUUCGCCUACACCAGGUUGAUGACAAUUGCUUAGCCCUAACCCCACUACGGGUGUUCACUGCCCGGAUCUCAUGGCUGCUGGGUCAACCCCCAGUCCUGCUUUAUUCUUUUAGUGUUCCAGAGAGCUUGUUCCCAGCCCUGAGGGACGUUCUCAACACCUGGGAGGAGGACCUCAGAACACGAUUUAGGAGUCAGAAUGACUUUGCUGACCUCAGUAUCUCUUAUGAGAUAGUCACGCUCCCGGCUGUGGCCCUCUGAUUUUAACUCGCCUCCCAUGUAGAAGGUGAUCCGUAAAUUACUGUCUGUUUCGGUUUACUAAAGCUGCCAGAAUGCAGUAUACUAGAAAUGGAUUGGCUUUUUCAAUGGGGAUUUUUUUGGUUGCACAUUUACAGUUCUAAGGCCAUGAAAAUGUCCAAAUUAUGGCACCAAGAGGUAGAUAUUUUCCCUGAGGAGAGGCCAAUGGCAUCUGGGGUUCCUUUGUCACAUGGGAAGGCACUUGGUGGGCUCUGCUGAUCCGUCUCUCCUGGGUUUAGCUUCUCGUUUCAGUGGUUUUCUCCAAAAUGUCUCUGGACUUCUGUCUCAGCUUCUCUGUGGAUCCUUCUUACUUCUCCUGGGGUAUUUUCUUUCUAAGCAUAUCUGAGCUCUCUUCAAAGUGUCUCUGCCUUUUAUUCUCUCAAAGAGGUCUCCAGCAAGGGCAUUAAGACCCACCUUGAAUGGGUGGGGUCACAUCUCGAUGGAAACAACCUAAUCAAAAGGUCCCAUCCACAAUGGGUCUGCCCCCACAAGAUCGAAUUAAAAGAACAUAGUCUUUUCUAGGGUACAUAAUAGAUCCAAACCAGCACCAUCUCUAGGGCAAGAAUGGCAAAUAGGAAUCAUCUGAAGAGCCAGCUCCAAUCACUUGGCUGUGGCUGUCUUGAGAACACUGGGGAAGGGUUUGAGGCCACAUCUGUUAUAGAAGGAAAAGAAUGCUAUAGUCAAGUGGCCACAUCUGCUGUGGGUGUGAGAAGAGGUGUUGAUGGUGGUGGUAUCAUUUGUUACUACAUAUUUAUCAUUUCUGUACUUGGGAGUCUUCCUGACUUAGCUGUGAUGUCCAUUCAUUUUUCAUUAGAUAGGAGAGAGAAGAAAAGAGAUGUUGGGGAAGAAGAAGGGUGGGUGGAAGACAAGUAAUAUACCCUUGUAUGGGAGCCUUGUAAAUUUACCUGCCCUAUGUGGCUGUUGUCUGCCGGGCAAAUAGAAGGACUGUGGGCUUUACUGCAUGUUUAUAUGCCUCCAACUGAAUUGGACUAUGAAGAGUAGACCAUGAUGCUUUAGUGUCUUACACUUAUGAUGUGUCAUUCAGGAAUAUAAAUUGAGAGUUCCAAGGAACAAGGACUGGUCAGGUAAAAUUUGUUUAUUUUUCAGUAGAUUCCAAAAAUAAUAACAAAGUCAGAAAUCCCAACUUUUAGUUGGGAAAACCCCAAACUGUAAAAUACCCAAAUCUUCUGAGUUUUCCAUUGAGCUUCUUGCUUCUGAUUCUUAUCAAGGGCAGCGUCACAGGUUAUUCAUAUCAUCAGGCUGUCCUUGUUUGCCAGAAUCACUGCCAGCGCUGUAGCAAUCACCACAAUCAGCAUUGGGAGCCAUCGGCCACAUUGCCUCUGUGUGUGGGGAGGAGGAGGGCCGGAGAAAGGAGCCAUGAGUUGGAUGAAGACAGGCAAAAAUAAGCUUCCUUCUUCCCAUUCUAGCCCAGUGGGAAGCCUUUAGUUGGUGGAAGUAAAAAACCUUUUUACUUUGCUCUCUCUCUCACUCUGUCAUCUGCCUUUACCAGUGGUCACUGGCCCAGGUAACCACAUCCAGCAGGGAUCAAAUACUAAAAUGCUGAUGGGAAUGAUCAUGGGUGGAAAAUAACAGCAAAAUUAUAUUCUGUUCAUACUCUUCAGUACUUUUGCUCUUCUUUUUCUGUCCUUGCCACCAGGCUCACACUAGGCUAAAAGAAUACCAUUUCAUACUUAACUAGUAGGGAAAUCUUUCCCUCCAGGCUCAAGAGUUUCAUGAAUAGUGGGCUUAGAUGCAUGAGCCAGAGUUCGUUUCUGUGGUUGCUGUACUCUCAGUAUAGCAUAAACCAAACAGUGGGAAAGGCUGGCCAGAUGUUGGCGUGGAGUGAUAAAUUUCAUCUGCAAGACUUGGCUUUAGGAGAAAUCAUCCCACCGUCAUCUAGGGCUUUCUGGGAGGAUAGACCCUCUUACUCGGGAAGGUGUCUGCUGGCUCUUAUUCAGCUCUUCUCGGCAGUGCUGCAGCUUACGCAGGCAGGAGAGAUACUCAUCACUGAGGUUGUCCAGCUCUGAAUGCAGUUCUGUGUACUGAGGGGAGAAUAUUACCAGGGUCAUUGCCACCAAUUCUGUCUGGGACAGAGCCCAGCUAGGGGAGAUGGCCCUAAGUUACCCCUUCACCCUUUUGGGAUCUUUACCACCAUCUUCCCUUUCCAGCCCUUCUCAGAGAUUUCAGUUUGCCUUUUGACUACUAAAUCAAGUUUGUAGAAAUGUGUUCAUUUAAAUGAUCAACUAUAGUACUGGUAUUCAUCUGCUUUUGUGUGACAGUGUAUGUGCAAGUGCUUUCUAAGUGGGGACACUAAAAAAAUGAAGUUCUUAUAGCACAAAAGGCCUAGAGAAGUCUCUUUCCCAGGAGCUAGUUGCAUGUGAACACUUCUGGGAAUAUGUUAUAUUUGUGAGUAUGUAGUGAGGAGCAAUUUUGUUAUUUAAAAGAUACUAUAAAAAGUAUCAAUGUGGGAUAAAAUUUGAAGCGUUAAUAUGUUUAUUAAAUGUGUUUCAGUUUACGUUGACUUUCCAAAAGGGAAUUGUUCAUAUAACAAAACUUGUCUUUAAUAGGGAUUGGUUUAUAUAAGGAAAGGAAGAGAUUGAUAAGUCGAUCUGUAAGCAAAGACAUUGUAUACAGGCAAAUAAAUACCUCUGGCGUCCAAUCACCUUUUAAACCUUACUCUGAAAUCCCUCUGUCUGGCUGCCUCCCAAGAAGUAGGUAAUGAGCUGACACUGAUCAGAGCAGUUUUCUCUGCCACUGUGCAGAUGAGCCCCUUGCUAUCUGAGAUCACCAUCUCACCUCCUUUUCCUUGGCCUGGAGCUGCAAAGUCUUCUUCUGCAGCUGGUCUCUGAGAUCCCAGUCUUUCUCCUCCCCUGUACCCUCAGGCUCCACUUCUUUAUGGGAAGGCUUUGGAUGCCACACAGAAAAAGCCCGAUCUAAAAAAGUAGCCAGAUUCUCAGUGAUAGAGACCCAUACCUCUGAGGAAGGGCCCUGUCACUGAGUGAGAACUCUUAGGAAGUGGGAGAGGGCUGGGGAGGGUGGGUCUCACUCUGGCUAAACUACACGGGAUGGAAUUCUCUGAGUUUUAAAGAACUACCAUUGGGACCCUGUUCGGUCUGGAUAGAGAACUGGAAUUUGAGCCCUCUCAGGGCAAGGCUGGCAUCUUACUUUGCUUUGUAUCCCCAGUCCCAUCUAGUGCUAGAUAAAAUUAGGGAAUGCUUAUGAAUUGAAUCAUUGGUUAUAUGUCACAUACUUUCUGGUUAGGUAGGUUUGUCAGAUGCUUCAAUAUAACCCCCUUUCCCAUUUGUCCUCAUUUUGAAGUCAUGAGAAUGUCAGGUCAUAUCCUAGAAUUCAUCUUCAUGUGGUUAAAGAUGGUUUUUCGGUCACUCUUAGCGUGGUGAAAAGAGUGGUGCAGCAAGUCAGAAGUUAUAGAUUUUGUCUUACUGCGGUCCUUAAUUUAUGACCAUAGACUCAUUUUCUUAUCCAUACUAUGUGGGCAUAAUAAUUUUUGCCUUGUCUAUUAUGUUAUGCCUAGUUACUGUGAGGAGAAAAUAUUCCAAACAAAAGGCCAUGUGUAGUAGAUAAGUGAGGAGAUAUUGCCUGCCCCCUGCCACCCACCCCACCCCUAUACAUGAUGGCUUCUUCGGGAAGCUAAGGCAGCAGACUUUAGGGCCAAGAGAGGGGUGGCUAUUGCAUACUACAUGGUUUGGGGCCGGGGAGUUGGAGGUGAUUUGGAAAGUCAAGUAUGUAAAAAUUGACAUGAAAUCCUGAGUUUGAAAUCAAUUUAUUGAAAUGUUCAACACAGACCUGUUUUCAGAGAGAGCAGAAGUUCUUUUUCACAGUUUAUGUUCCUUUCAGGAUAGAAGGCUAACUAGUUAAAAUGUCCUCAGAGCCAGUGAUCAGUCCUUAAAAAGUUCCCCUACAUCCCUGACUUAACAGACUCCCACAACUGGAUGGGACUCCAAGAGGUCAUGUAGUCCAUCCCCCUGCCUCUAGGCAGGCAAGGUAUCUUAGAAAUUGUGGUAGUAAAUUUGCUGACCUUUCUUUGUUAAGAGUUUCUCCUGUUCUUGAAGCUGUAAGGAUUGAUCCCGAAGCAGACCUGUUGGAAAACACAAGGAACUUGUCUGUGCUAGCAUAUUUACUGCAAAGAGUACCGCUUACUUCUUCAGAACUUUGCUUAGAACCUUGAUGAUUAAAGAUGUUCCCAUCCUUAUAUCUCUUCCUACCAUGUCUAUACCUUCAAGUUUCUGCUUAGAUUUUACCUCAGAAGAGAGGCUUUCCCACAGGACUCUAUAUAAAAUAACUAUUCUCCCUUUAACCUGCUUUAUUUUUCUCCACUGCUACUAUUAUUGCUUCAUAGAAACUCGACACUUGACUGUAGAGCUUACUUACAAUGUAAGCUUCAUAACUGUGUCACUCUUGUUCAUUAUACUAGCUUCAGUACUUAUUUCUAGAGUGCCUGAUAUUUAGUAGGAUCUCAGUAAAUGUGUACUGAAUGAAUAAAGGCAUGAUUUUGAAGUGACUUCAUGCCCAGUCACAGCUUCUGCCUUGUAGGAGCUGCUGUUGUGCUAGUGUUCUUUCUCCCUUUCCCUGGGUCUUUUCAAAUUCAUUGCUGUACAUGUAGCUUCUCUGUAGGAGUGUCAGAGGUUAAGGUGAUGGGCAACCAGCAGAGAUAUUAAUUGAAUCUGGUUCUCCAGCUUUCCAGAAAUUUGUCUGCUUUUCUUCUGAAAAGUCCUUUUCCCUCUCUGGCCCCAAUAUGUAGUUUUUAAGUGGAUAGAGGCGUGUGAAGCAUGAUCUUAUUUUCUGAACUAUUCCUGGUGACAAAGAUCUAUGUGAUAUAUACAUGUAGACAGUAAAUUAGAAUAUUUAAAAUAAGCACUGCCCUAGAAAAUUCAAUGUUCCAGUAGACUUGUACUUUUAAAAAAAUCUGUAUUUCUGGAAAAAUGCAAGUGGUUGUCAUUGACAUGGAAGUGGAAAAGAAAGAAAGAAAGAAGGAAACAAACAAACAAAAAAAACAGAGGCUAAUACAUAAUUUGUGAAGAGUUAUGUAAAUAACCUCACAAGAGGGUCUGAAAAUUCACAGAGGUAGAGGAUAUGCCAAAGACUGGGCCUCCAGUCCCUCCCCUGGAUCCCUUCUGUGGGGCAGGAGCCCCAGAAGCACCAAGAAGGCACCUGUGCUACUUGUUUCCAGAACCUGGAAAGGGAACUUACUUUGUAACUGCUGUACUCUGGCCACCAGGGCAAGUUUCUCCUCCUCUGAUCUCUUUAGUUGAUCUGAAAACGAAAUAAUGCAAACCAAAAUUGAAGAAUCCAAGACUUAGUUAAUUCCAACACCUAAGAGUGCAAAUUAAUAAUAGUUUUUGUCUUGCCUGUGGUCUCUGAAAUGUGUCAGGUGGAAGCUGCUCUGUCUUCUAGUUGUCCCAGUUCUGGAGAGGUAAAACCAGAACCCAGAUACCUUGGAUUUAGUCUGCAUCAACAAUGUCGGGUUGAAUUAAGGGUUGUAUUUACACACUAUCUGUCCUGUCAGCGAUGCAGAGACUGUGACUGGGAGACUGGACUCAUCAAGCCUGUGUUUCAGCUGAUCUUUUCCUUUCAAAUUAGAAUUGUGGCAUUGGCACUUGUGACUGAAAUGGGAGCAGCCAUGAUCUGGCUCAGGAUGGACUGGAAAAGGGAACUAAUGAUAUAAGAUACUCUAGUGCAGCAAAAUUAAUUUUCGGUCGAGGAUAAUUUAAACAGCCCUGUCUGUCCUUCAUGAUAAAAUAAAAUCACAAAGCCUAUCAAGCAAACAAAUGAAAGGCUGAAACCUUUCUUCCCACCCAGCUUCUUUUAUCUGAACUCAGUCAUGGAUCCCUUGCUCCCAAGACCUCCAAGGAGACGGGUACCUUGUAGGUCUCUGGUAUCUGAGCUGCACAGGUCCCUGUCCCCCUGCAGGCGUUCAAUCUUGGCCUGCAGUUCCUGGUGCUCUUUCUCCAAAAGUCGCAAGGCUUGAUUCAUCUGUAAGUCUCUGCUGUCUGCUCCCUGUAAGGAGGAGGGGUUGGCACAGAAGUAGGUCAGUCCUGGGGGUAUAGAUUGGGGUCAAGUCCCAUGGAAGAGGAUAAAAAUUGUAGACUUUUAGAGGUACAAGGAAUAUUAGGAAUAUUUAAAACUAGGGAAGUUUUUUUUUCUUCCCUUUGCUCUGCUCUCUUCUUCACAUUUAUACCAAACAUCAUAUUAGACUCUUUUUGGGGGACGGGCAGAAUUUCCAACGGGUCUCUUUUAAAAACCUAAAGCAGAUCCUGUCUUCCUCCUUCACUCUCUUUCUUUUGUUUGUUUCAAGUACACUUUAUUUUAAACCCAACAUACUCAGUCUCCAUAGAGACUGCAUAUUAGACUUUUGAUAUUCACAAAAGAUGCAUGUCCCAGCACCUUGGCAAAUCCCCAAAUUAAGGGGAUUUUUUUCUAGAUGUCUUCACUUUCUCUUUACUUCUGAUUCUAGCACUAUCAAUUUUUUUUUUUUUUUUGGUAGUGCCAUUUUCUUCAAAGAGUUAAGGUUCAAAAAACAAACAAAAACACCCAAACACUUUUAAUAAUAGUAGUUUUGUAAGCUACGGGAGAAAGAACAUCAAAGUCAGGUGAGAUGUGGAUGCAGAGUGGCCAGCUAGGUUCACUUAUUUGAUAAGAUACGUCCACUCUGUUUCUUACCAAAUGGGUUAUUCAGAUCCCUGCUUCAGUAAAGUUACAAAGAGCAACUUUUUGAGGUGGAUCAUCAAAAUUCCCAACCAAGUGAGUAAAAUCUAUGAAAAAUAGCAGCUAACAUUUAUUGAGUGCUUGUAUGUGCCAGAUGUUGUGCUAGAUUUACAUGACUUACCUGAUCUAAUCCUCACAACAAUCCUAGGAUAUGAGAGAUUAUUAUACUCAAUUUAGAAAGGAAGAAACUGAGGCUUAUGCUAGUUAACUUCUCCAAGGGAACAUGGGUGGUAAAUGAUGGAACCCUUGAGAAUGCCAAGGGCCUACUGUUAAAAAAAAACAGCAGGAUGUGUUAGUUAAUACUCGCCUUUAAGUAAAUUUAGUGACAUUUGCUCAGUGCCAAUAGUGGGCAAACCUGAACUGAAUGCUUUACUGGGAUGGGGUGUGGAGAGUGGACAAGGGUAUAACAUUAGUAGACUGGUGAAUCUAGCCCAAAGCCCUCUGCAUUUGGGCAUUGUUCCUUAGUACAUUUCCAUGAACAGUGCAGACAUCCUGGCUAAACUCAAAGUUAGAUUUCGAAGUUAAAGCAACGAGUCUGGUACAUGGUGGCAGUUGAGUGAGGAACUGAAAGCCAAAUGCUCUCAACUUCCUCUGAGGCCCCCAACCAAGCUGUAGCUUCUCUUGUCACUUCUUUUACCCUGCCUUCUUUCCCCACCCCCAGUGCCUGGUACCUGCAGUUUGGAUUGAAGUACAUGGAGCUGGCUUUCCAACUCUCUAUGCUGGGUCCCCAGGGUACCCCAGUCCUCCUUCAGAGCCUCGUACUGGGUCCUCCACUCUUCACACUUCCGCUCUGCCACAGCCAGGGAUCGCUGAGAUAGACCAGAGGGGAGACGGUGGUGUCGUAGGAGAUCAAGGGAGUUGUGCAUCUGGCUUCCUUGCUUCCCAGAGCUGCCUCUGAACCCCCAGCCCCAAGGAUAUGCAGGAUCCUCAUACCUGUGUGCUCUGCAGCUGCCGCUCUGCACUCAUUUUCUCCUCUAGCACUUUCUGCAGUGAUUCCUUGGCCCUCUGCUCAUAGUUGUUUUUCUGGUCUUCCAUUUCCAACAGAACCUUUUGCAUCCCCCAAGGGGAGUAUUUCUGUAAAUUUGAUCUAUUUCAAUGUGUAUUUCAACAAAUACACAUUGAAUCUGGGUAUGGGAUACAGAAAUGAAAAGAAUUUGGUCCCUGACCCCAAGACAGAGGUACUUGUGGUCAGGUGGGCCUUUUCUUCCAGGCUGGCACUGGGCAUGAGAGGUGAACUGAAUGGGGAAGUGUAACAAUGCCCUGAGCAUGCUGUCCAUUGUCCCCUAGGGUUUUCAUAGGAACUGGUAAACCAAACCACCUUCUUUCCAAACCUGUUCCUUCCUCCUGGGCUUCCUAUAUCAUUAUUACCUGCUUAAUCUCCCAAGUGCUAAAGGAGGGAGCCAUCCUUGAUUUCCUUCUCCCUUUUUCCCAGUAAUCAGUUAAUCACCGAGACUUGUCAAGUCAACUUCCUUAGUAGUUCAUACCUGUCUCCUCUCUAUCCCUAGUGACACCUCCUUAGUUCUGGUCUAGUAAUUCUAAUUAUGGAUUAAUGCAAUAGUCUCCCUACUUCCAAGAAUUUCCUCUCUUCAAAUCCUUUUCCAUUCUGCAGCUAGACAGUUCUUUCCAAAAUGUAAUUUUGAUCAUGUCACUCUGCUUAAAUCUCUCAGUGUCCUAAGGAUCAAGUCCAAACUCCUUGGCAUGGAGCUGAACUACAAGCCCAGACUUUCAUUCCAUGCUACCUGCUUGCAGAUCCCCUAAGCACCAUGCUUUCUGGCUUCUGCCUAGAACAUCCUUAUCCACCUUCUUUACCUGGCUAACAUUGACUCAUGCUCAAAUUCAGCUCAAGUACCAUCAUUUCUGGCAAAUCUUCAUUAACAAUCUUCACUGCCCCCAGCGCCCAACUGCUUAUGGAUUAAACAGCCUUCCUUAAUCCAUAAUCUGUGUAUGGAAUAGACUACGUACUUCUGUCAUUUGGCUGUGUUAAUUCGUCUCUGCUUUACUGGAUUGUAACCUCCUUCAGGGCAGGGGGAUGUUUUGUAUCUUUGGAGCCCCAGAGCUUUAAUACAUUUGCAUUUUUUAUUUCUCUUGGCUUCAGGAUCAAGAAAGAGGCACAGGAGCAGCCUUACAAACUCACGGGGGUGGAGUGGUGGCUUGAAAAGCAUGCCUUCCCCAUGCUUUUCAUCUUUAUGCCUUGUGAUUUGGGAGAAGGCAGACAACUUUUACUGUCAAUUCUGGAUAAGCAAUGGUCCAGCUAAUUCAAAUUUAGGGAGUAAUAUGAAAUCAUUUCCAUUUAGCUUUGGAAUAGUAGGAAAAUUUGAAUUUAAAUAUUAGCAGGUCUUAUAUUCUUGGAAAUUUCAUUAGAGACCAGAUCCAGGGGUUACAGGUUGAGCUCAUGCAUGGGGGUAUCCCAGUUAUUGGACUUAACCAUGCUGGUCACUGGCCAGCUUUGUCCCCCAUUGAAAAUGAAUAGACUGGCAUUCUGGAUUAUACAUUGGCCUCUUAUAAGUUUGGUUGGCAUUACUUAGUUCAUAAGAACCUGACAAAACAGGACAUAAAAUAACAUAAAAAAAAAAACUGUGGACCAGCAAAUCUAUGGACCUUAUAAACUGCUCUCCUGCAAGACCUCAGCUGUGUGGCCAGGUCUACCUUCUCUAACUCCAAGUAGGAGCAGUCUGCCUGCUCCACCCCAUUCUCUGAUUUGAUCUCUCCCCCUCUCAAGAAUCCAUCAUUUCUCAAGUGUGAAAGUGGAUUUCUUUCUGUCUGUCUCUUAUAAUACAAGAUCAGGUUAUUCAGGGGAUUACUGAAACUGGAUAACAAUGUCACAGAAAAGGUGAGAGUCACUGUCUCUUACUUUCAUCCAGGGGUUGCUGCUAGAUGAAAGGUGCUCAGGGAAUGAAAAUUGUUUUGUAAGUCUUCAAUAUAACAUCUAAUUUAUCUGUGCAAAGAUUGGGACCUGUGAAUGUCUAUUUGUGUGGUGUGACUCUACCGAGGGCCUUUCCCUACACUUCCAGGUAUUUUCAAGGCUCCUCUGGAGCUGACAAAGUGCUUGUUGCUGGGAUCCCUUCCCAGGUUUUAAAAGGAGGGAGACUGGGAGAAAGGAAGAGGAAGAUGGAGAAAGUGAUAGGUGAAUUGGGGAUCAGAGUGUAAAUGGCAAACCUAGAACCGAGUUCCUUGGAAUGGGUGCACUAAUCUCCAUCUGAUGGCAUUUCUAGAAAGUAGGAUUAAGUUUCAAGCACCCUUCUCCUUUAAUUCUAGUAUCCUGGACUGGAAGUGUCCUUUGUAAUGCUUACCUGGGUACAGGUGUAUAGCUGGUUCUCUAAGGAUCUCAGUUUGCCCUUCAAUUUGUCUUCAUUGAGCUGUCCCUGGAGCAAAUGGGAUGAGUUAAUAAGUUUGGGCCAAAAUAUAGUCUGCAAAGAGUUUUGCUGUGUAUUCCCAGCCCACUGCCUCACACAUAGUAGAUGCUCAAACAAUGUGGAACUGAACUCUUCCAGGAGAUGGGAAAGAUGACAAAGGAUGUUUGGGUAGAAGAGGAUCUUUCCUUUCUCUGGAAUAGGAGAAUCAGAUUGACCCUCAGAGUCCUUUCCAUACCUUAAGGUUCUCUGUCAGAUGGCUCAGGAUAUCAUAGCACUGAAAGGAAAGCUUUUACACUGACUGCUCCCUCCUUCACUACCUCUUGGCCCUGAAUGGGCACUUCUGCGCUCUUCACCUCCUCACAGUCAUGUGCCCUGAGGCGGUGGACUUUUAUCUCUGACGUAUAAGCCAAUAAGGCCCUCCUAGGGAGAAUAUGCAUUCUCUCCCCCACUGGACUCAAGAUGAGGAAUUCUUAGAAAGUGAGAAAGGGAGGAAGAGAGAUUUUUUGAGAGGGAGUAAAGCUGCAUUCUAUUUGUUCAUAAUUCUGAAUAAAUUCAGAAUUCGUUUUCUGUUUAAUGGCAUUUUGGACAUUCUGAGAGGGUGGCUAAUCCCAAGCAUGAGGGUGGAGAAAGGCAGGAAUUGUUUCUCAAUUUUUUCAUAUCUCAGCUGAGUAGCUAACAAAUUCCUUACUGUUUUGUUCUUCCCUUCCCCAUAGACCUGUCACUUUUCCCCAGAUGGGAGGUGUUUGUUCUUACACCUUGGAGUUUUAUUAAGGGUGUGCAUAUGGGAGCAACGGUGUCAUCACUGAGUGCUAGUUUCUCAGGGAAAGGGCCAUGGGCCUCUUUAGCAGUAGGCAGCUCUCAUUCCUUUCUCUAGCUUUUUCCAGCCAGGCCCUAUGGGACACUUGUGGGGUCUAGAAGUUUCACCCCCCUCUCGGGCCCCUGUCAGUCAGAUGACCUGGACUUUCCAACUCUCAUAAAGUUUCCCGUCUAUAACUGACUGGGGCAGAGGUGGAGACUCUGCUUUGAGGUCUGUCCCCCUCAAUGAGUUUCAGGGCUUCUGGGGGAGGCAGGAAGUGGCAACUUACAGCUCCUGUUUUGAUCUUGUUUGGCUGAUUCUUUAACCAUGGGAUUCAGGGGGCACCCCCACCCUUUCUGCUUCCUGUGUUACUCAGCUGGGCCUUGCAAAAGUAAAAGGCUUUACCAAACAUAAUUUUUUAAAGUGUCUCCUGCUAUUAAAAUUUUUCUUAAUGUCUUGUGUGAGCACCGAGAGUCAGGGAUUUGGCAUCUACAAUAACCACAGGGCUCUGGGACAGAUAAAGAGAUGUACAAAGACUUCUACUGUUCUGGACUUUGGAGUAACUGGCAAAAAGACUGCAUUCCCUAGAGUGGUCUGUUCCUUGUCGAUCUGCUGGUCCUGAAAUCAACUUGCUCUGCACCCCCUGUAUGCUGUUUACAUCUAUUUCCUGUGACACCAUGCAUUUUCCUUUUCUAACCUCUUCCCAUACAGAAUGCAAUCAAACGCAUCGAGUUUUAGGUUUACCUGGCUAUAGUUGGGGAAGAAAACAGACUGGCCCAAGGCAGUAUUCUUAAAUUUCUCUUGGUUUCCUGUGCUUUCUCAGUAGCCCCUUGUCUCCCCAUUCCUCAGUAUGGCUUUAAUCCAAUAUUUUGCUUCUUCCAACUGUUUUUCUAAUUUACUCCAAUCCCAGAUUAUUUUUCAAUAAAAAUAAUUAGAAGACAGUUCAGGAGAGUGCCUUCAGUGGGGAUGAAGGGCCACCCAAGGCUAGGGUUUGAAAAAAAUCUCUGUCAACAACUUUGCCUUUCCAGACUCCCCAGGGCAGUCAGGGCGUUGUAGCCAAGCUGUUGCAAAUGGGGCACGUAGUUUCCUGGUCUGAGACCCGGUUCUCCCCACACUGCAGCCCAGUGUUACAGUAAGUGGGGAGAGGCUUAUGGCUGACCCAGGCAGUUGCACCCCCAGGAGCCUAGGGCUUAGAAGGCACAGUACCCCCAGUGGAAAAGGGAAUAAGGCUGAGGUCAUACACACCUGGUGCCGUUCUGAGAGCUUCAGCUCCUGCCUCUGCUUGGUUUCCCCCCUGCCUCUGAUCUGUUCUCCAGAAACACUACCCCUUCACCACAGAAGCACCAGCCCACAGCUCUUCUGUCUGCACUAGCAGAGCUGCCUAAGUGCUGCAGCCAAUCCCCUGCUGCGCUGUCAUCUCUAGAUCUCCAUUCUACUUUGCAGAACUUAAAAGCCCUGUUUUUGUAUGCCAAUGUCCAGAGCUCCCUGAGCUGUUUCUGCUUGGAAGGUUUGGCACAGCUCAGGUGUCUCAGCAGAGCCCCAGGGCCUAUGCCAUCCAAAAGACCAGAUUCAGUUUGGGGGUGGAGGCUGAUGAGGGAGCAGGUCCUCAGGGUUCUAACAGAAAGCUUGUGGUGAGCAUCUCUGCCUGGGACAUUGGCGGGUCAAAUCAUGGAGGCCAACUGGAAAAAAAAUAAAGACCUGAACAGGGCUGAAUGUCAGAGGCCCAGUUCUGGCCACAUUCUUCAACUUAUUUUUUCCAAAUGCUAUCAACUGAGGCUGUCUGUUUCAUUUAAGUUGAGGCUUUCAGAGGAGGCAUAGAGAGUUGAAUUGUCUCCGUUUACGGGAAGCAAGAGCUCUCAACUGAAAAAUCUGAGACUAUUUUUCUUAAAAAACAGGAAGCUGGGGGUUUGAUGGGGCAGAUGGAGAGAAGGGUGAGUAUUGGUAGCAGUGGGAGAAGGUGGGGUUGUAAAAACCCACAGCCAGAGGAACUUCUGUUUGCCUGCUGGAGUGUGUGGUGAAACUCCCCUUCAGAGUCUACCCUAGAAACGUCUCUUAAUACAUCCUCCUCAUUCCCACCGAGCUGGUUAUAAUUCAAGCUCUGAUUGUGUCUUACCUGGAAUAUUACAAGAGUCUCCACCCUCACCACCCUCACACCCACCAGGAGCCAGGGUCCUCAUUGAUGCCAGAGAACCUUGCAAAACACAGAUCUGAUCAUUUGUUUUCCAUUCAAUUCCACAGACACUGAUUGAGCUCCUCCUAAGGAUGGGCCAGACACUGCUGGGUUUAGGACUUUAAACCUGAAUAAGGUAUAGUUACAUUACUACCUUACUUAUUACCUCCAGUGGUGUUUUUUAAACAGGGGGUAGCAUGCAUUCUCAUGGAUCUGUGAUUACAUUUUUUCCUUUAAAAAGGGGUCCAUACAUUUUUUACAUUUGAGAUACCUUUUUCAAUAGAAAAAAUUUAAGCUUCCAAUUCCAGAGACUGGUCUGAGGUCUUUUCUAGUCUUGUCUUUGGUACUUUUCAGACAUGAUCCUUUCAUUUCAGUCACAAUCUGCUACAGCCAAUGCUUUGUCACAUGUAGACCUGUAAUCAUUCUGAUUCCUUUACCUCAAUCACUCUUCUCCUUUCUGCUCUUUCUCCCCCAUCAUUACUCCUAGUUCUGUACAGGUAAACUCCUACUCAUCCUUCAGGACCCAGCUAAAAUGACCUCUUUCCUUUGGAGCCUUCCCUAUUCCAUCCUAGGCAGAAUAAUUACUCUCUUUUUUCCCUGGAUCAUCUUGUAUAUACCACUGUUACACCUCAUUACACUGUUUUAGAGUUAUUCAUUUCCCGUCUCUCUCUUCCUGACUGGAGUGUGAACUCCUCAAGAGCAAAGAUCCUACUUUCCUUUGUCCUUAUAAUACAGGGCCUAGCUCUGGGUUGGAACUUAACAAAUGUCUGUCAAAUGAGUCAGACUUAUUUAGUUUAACACCAGAAACUACCUGGCAUACUCAGCUGUCUGUCCCAGGCUCCUGCUCUGUCAAAGAAAUGACUUCCAUAACAAUCAAGAAGCCCUGAUCAUAGACACCUAAAUCUGAAGUGAGGAGGGAGGGCUGAGCUUGGGAAGUGUUUCUCACAUCACUGCAAACUCUUCAGUUUUGUUCCACACCCUCCCAUUACAUCUCUCUGUCUAAGCACAGACCAUUUAGGUGAUGGAGUAAGAUGCUCAUGGAAGCCUGUGCAGUUGUGUGCUCUGCCUCUCUGUACCUGGUUGCUUGGGCUCCCUGGACAUACUAUGCUAGGGGUUCUCAAAGUGGGGUCCUAGGAUCCCUGGGAAUCCCUGAGUCCCUUUUGCAAGGUCCUCCCUUUUCCAACUACAUACUUGUGUGAGGCUAGAUUUUCUUCUUAUACUUCAGCCCAAACAAUUUAUUGCAGAAGAUUGAAUGCAGAAGCACAAAUGGACUCUGCCUGCCUUCUGUUAAGCCAGAAAUUAAAAAGAUUUGCAACAAUGUAAAACAAUGCCACUCCUCUCACUAUUUUUUUUGUUUUUGAAAAUAGUUAUUUUUCAUAAAAAUAUGUAACUUAUGUUAAGAUGUUAUGGUUUUCAUUAUUUAAAAUUUUCUCUCUUAAAUUUUAAUUUGGUAAAUAUAAAAAGCUCUUUGGAGUUUUCAAUAAUUUUUUUAAGAUUAUAAAGCAUUUCUGAGAUUAAAAAAAAAAGUUGGAGAACAACCACAUUACAUCAUGCCUUUGGGUUUUUGCCUGUGCUAUAUCCCUGCCUCAAAUACUGCCCCUGAUUCCACAUUUGUCCAACAAAUACUUGUAUAAGGGGUUUGUCUCCCCUACCAAGUCACGAGCUCUUUAAAAGCAGAAACUCUGACUAAGAAAUCUCAUUAUCCCAAGUGCUGGUCCAGCGCUCACUACAGAGUACAUGAUCAAUGAAUAUUUGUAGAAAGAAUGGACUACAAUCGGGAGGCCUGAAUUUUAGUCCCAGUUCUGCCACUAUCUAUCUAUGUGAUUUUGAGCAAGCCAUUUGACCUCUCUGAGACUCAUUUUCCUCAUCUGCAAAAUGAGAGGGUUUGACUAGAUCAUCUGGAAGGUCCCUUCUCACCCUUCCAGUCAUGUCUGGGUUGAGUAGCAGAUGCAUGCUGGCUUGGAGUUAACAGUGGCUUGAAUCCCAUAUAAAAUAGUUUACAUUUUACCAUAUUCAUUAUUUAGAUCUUCCUUCUUUCCUUCUAACAAAUUAAAAAACAGGGAAUUCUUGCACUUUUUCCUCCAAGUCUUCCCUGUAUGUGUAGCAGCACAGCUCUCAGGGGAUGACCCUGGAUUUAGCUUAGCCCUCCCAUAUAUUUACUAUGACCUGUUUCACCUCUAGGUUUCAGCACCAUUCUCCCACCUCUUGCCCCUUCCUAUCUCACUCUUCAGUAGAGAGAAAACCACUUCUCUUGCUGGGAUGGUAUGAAAGAAGAAUGAGAUGGUACACAUAGAAGCCCAUGAGCUUUGUUCAAACAUAGAUUUCAUUCUUUACCUUCCAGGAACUGUCAGAGGCCUGUAUAAGGGUGGACAGCAGGUCUUGGAGAAUCACCAUCUUUUGUUUUAGGACUAGCUCCCGUUGUAGGGCCUCCUGGGGGGCAGGGGCAAAAUAAAAGAUGGUGAAGUUAACUGGGAGGAGGUUUGGGAU